AUGCAUCAUUUGUCGCAUUCUCAUAAUCUUCAUCGUGUCCUUUGUUGCAUACUCAGGUCUUUAUCGUUGCCUCCGUCAUGGCCUCAUGUCCUUUACUGUGUCCUCAUAGCUCCAUCGUAUCCUCUUAUGCCUUCUCAUAGCCUCUAUCGCAUCCUCCACUACGUCAUCUUGCCUUUUGGCAUAACCUCUAUCCUAUCCAUGCGCCCUCGCUCUUCACCGUAUCUUACCCUCUAUCAUUCUCCCCUUGUAAUGUCACUGUCCAUCAUUAUUUUAUACACUACUAUAGUUUUAUCCUUUGUCAUGGUCUCGUCCUCUUAUAUGUUGUAG